AAUGCAGGCCAGGAAGCCCCCGCACAGCCUGGGUGGAAAAGCCAGAUCCCGACUCUGCCGGGGCCCUUCGAGGUCCCAGGCAUCGGGCACCAGUAUCAAAGAAACGGACUGAAACCUAGCUAACCCGCCAGACCAUGGCAUCCAAGGGGCUCCUUGUGGCUGGCGCUUCCUUCGCGACGUUUCGGGGGCUGCACUGGGGGCUGCAGCUGCUGCCCACCCCGGAAUCUGUUCGGGACCGCUGGAUGUGGCGGAACAUUUGUGUUUCGCUGAUACACAGCCUACUCUCUGGAGCAGGGGCGCUGGUCGGGCUAUGGCUGUUUCCUCAGAUGGUCACCGACCCGAUUCAUGAUCACCCUUCGUGGGCACGGGUCCUAGUAGCAGUGUCAGUGGGCUAUUUCAUGGCAGAUGGAGUUGACAUGCUGUGGAACCAGACACUGGCCCAGGCUUGGGACCUUCUCUGUCACCAUUUGGCGGUAGUGAGCUGCCUCAGCACUGCUGUUGUGUCUGGCCAGUUUGUGGGCUUCUCUAUGAUAUCUCUACUUCUGGAGCUGAACUCUAUCUGUUUGCAUCUACGGAAGCUACUGUUGCUCUCCCAUAAGGCCUCGUCCUGGGCCUUCAGAGUAAGCAGUUGGGCCACCUUGACCACCCUGGCCCUCUUCCGCCUUCUGCCUCUGGGAUGGAUGAGUCUGUGGUUGUUUCGGCAGUACUACCAGGUGUCUCUCGCUCUGGUCGUCCUUGGUGGAAUUGGGCUGGUCACGGUGGGUAGCAUAAGCAUCUCACUGGGAAUCCGAAUUCUGAUCAGGGAUGUCUUGCAGUCUCGGCCCUGCCCAUUUAUCCUUGUGCACAAAGAGACUCAGCAAACCAAGACGUGUGAGCCUGCCUCCAGGAACAAUUCCACUCUCAGUCUGAAAAGCGUGGAGGUUUUCUCUUCUGUCAGCCCUCUGGGAGGCGGGGCUGGGAAGAGGAGAUGUAGCUCACUGCAUAAUCUACUGUGUCACAAGGACUAGACCGGAUCAUCAGCAUCUCAGGACCUUUUUCAGCUAACUCACUUCUCUCCCCUUUCCAAGAUCCAAGAAGAAAAGUGAAUGUUAGUGGCUCCAUGGGGACCUAGGCUACUGCUCACUGAAUUCCUUUGCUCCCGUGUAACGACAGACAGCGGGAGAAGAGGUCCUUCUAGAAUCAGAGAGGUCUGGCAUGGAGGGGGCAGAGCCAGAAGCAGAGAGACUUCAUUUAUGAUCAAAUUCUGGAAAUGAGA